CCUCUUUUCCAGUGUGAAAUUCCUACCUGCAUUGUUACUGGCUGAUUGUCCAAACCUCCCCUAGCUGACACCUUUGCUAGGUACCCAAGUUAACCCCUUAGUCGCUUUCAGCACUCCUUCUGAUCAUGACACCUGUCUCUCCCUGGGAUCUGAUCCUUUUGCUUUCAAGGCUCACAGGCGCUCCAUUUGAGCUGUUAUCUGCUUGUUCCCUUAUGUUCUCAUGCAAAAUUUCAUUUCUAGGGGUGAUAACAUCAGCCAAUAUAGUCUCUGAGAUUAGAGCUCUUUUCUCUGAGUUGUCCUACACAAUGUCUGUAAUGAGAAGGUUCAGCUGCAGCCCCAUCUGGCUUUCCUACCCAGGGUAGUUUCACAGUUUCAUACCAAGGUGGAUGUUUACUUAUCUUUCUUUCCAAAACCUCGUAAGUCUGAUGAGAACCAUAGACUGCACAGUAUGUCAGAAGAACACUAGCUUUUUAUACUGAAAGGACAAAGCUGUUCUGUAAUUUAGUGAAGCUCUGUGUCACUGUACUAAACAGAAUGAAGGACAUUUCUGUAUCCACCCAAAGAAUUUCAGCAUGCAUUACUGCCUGCAUCUGGUUUUGCUACAAACAGGCAAAAAUGCCACUGCUGGCAAUUGCAACUGCCCAUUCAGCCUCAUCAGCAACCUUUUAAGCCUAGGUGCUAAUUUGAGAUAUCUAUAGAUCUGCUACAUUCUCAUCUAUCCAUAUAUUUACAUCCUGCUAUGCAAUUACCAAGCCUGGGACAUGCUUGUUUCAGUAGAGCAGUGUUGCAAAUGACAUGACUGUGAACCUCCUUCAGAGGUACUGCUUCUGAAUCACCUACAAAGGAAUCAACAUGAGCAAGCAUUCAAAAAAGUUACCCGUCAUUGGAAUUGUUGUUGUUCAAGGUAUGUUGCUUGUGUCCAUUCCAUUACCUGCUCUCCUACCCCACAGUUGAAAUUGUUGGAAAAAGCAAUUGAGGACAUAGAACUGGUAUAACCUCAUAUGGCAGUAUGUGAGCGUGGCACUCCAGCAAGCACAAUAGCCUCGAAGACAAAAAAUUCCAACAACUUUGCACAUGGGAGCACACAUAUCUAAAAUAAAGUGGACAUCAGCAACACAAUUGGAAGAGCAACAGUUAGGAAAGGAGAAUAUUAAAAAGUGAACCUCCAUAUCCUCAAGAAAUGAGUGCUUUAGCUAAAGAUGUAAUUCAACGUCUGUUGAUGAAAGACCCCAAGAAAAGGCUAGGAUGUGGUCCAGGUGGUGUUGGUGAAAUCAAACAACAUCCAUUCUUCCAGAAAAUAAACUGGGAUGAUUUAGCUGCCAAAAAAAUACCAGCUCCAUUUAAACCAGUAAUCCGGGAUGAGUUGGAUGUUAGUAACUUUGCAGAGGAAUUUACAGAAAUGGAUCCCACAUACUCUCCUGCAGCUACACCACAGAUUUCAGAGAGAAUGUUUCAGGGGUAUUCUUUUGUUGCUCCUUCUAUUUUGUUUAAACGCAAUGCAGCCAUAGUAGAUCCUGUUCAGUUUCAUAUGGGAGUUGAAAGACCUGGAGUUACAACUAUUGCAAGAAGUGCUAUGAUGAAGGACUCUCCAUUUUAUCAUCACUAUGAACUGGAUCUGAAAGAGAAACCACUGGGAGAAGGAAGUUUUUCCAUCUGUCGAAAGUGUUCACACAAGAAAACAAGCCAAGAAUAUGCAGUAAAAAUAAUUAGUAAAAGAAUGGAAGCCAACACCCAGAGGGAAAUAACAGCUUUGAAACUCUGUGAAGGACACCCUAAUGUAGUGAAGUUGCAUGAAGUUUAUCAUGAUCAGCUUCACACAUUUCUAGUAAUGGAACUUCUGAAGGGAGGCGAAUUGCUUGAACGCAUUCAGAAAAAGAAACACUUCAGUGAGACAGAAGCCAGUUACAUCAUGCGCAAACUUGUUUCAGCAGUGAGCCAUAUGCAUGAUGUAGGAGUAGUCCAUAGAGAUCUGAAACCUGAGAAUUUAUUGUUCACAGAUGAAAAUGAUAAUUCAGAAAUAAAAAUAAUUGAUUUUGGAUUUGCUCGAUUAAAGCCACCAGAUAAUCAGCCUCUUAAGACGCCAUGUUUUACUCUUCAUUAUGCUGCUCCAGAGCUCUUAAAUCACAAUGGUUAUGAUGAAUCCUGUGAUCUCUGGAGUCUGGGGGUCAUUUUGUAUACAAUGCUGUCAGGACAGGUGCCCUUCCAGUCUCAAGACAAAGGUUUAACAUGCACUAGUGCAUUGGAAAUUAUGAAGAAAAUUAAAAAGGGAGAAUUCUCUUUUGAAGGAGAAGCUUGGAAGAAUGUAUCUCAGGAAGCCAAAGAUUUGAUACAAGGACUUCUUACAGUGGAUCCAAAUAAAAGAAUUAAAAUGUCCAGCUUGAGAUAUAGUGAAUGGCUUCAAGAUGGGAGCCAGCUGUCAUCCAAUCCUCUAAUGACUCCUGAUAACUUAGGCUCCUCAGGAGCUGCUGUACAUACAUACGUCAAAGCCACCUUUCAUGCCUUCAACAAGUACAAAAGGGAAGGGUUUUGCCUUCAGAAUGUUGACAAGGCACCUCUUGCUAAAAGAAGAAAGAUGAAAAAGACAAGUACAAGCACAGAGACACGUAGCAGCUCCAGUGAAAGUUCACAUUCUUCUUCCUCUCAUUCUCAUGGUAAAACUACGCCAACAAAAACCAUGCAGCCAACAAAUCCUACAGACAGCAAUAACCCAGAAACCAUCUUCCAAUUCUCUGAUUGAAAAACAUAGAAAUACUCUUUCUUGAACAAUUAAGAGGUGAUAAACCUGGUAGGUACCUGUCCAUUCUUGGAACAGAGGGAUUAUAAGGAUGUGUUCAUCAUGUUGAACAACUUAUUUCAGUUCUGCUUUUUAGCUUUUUUUUUCAAGACAUUUGGUUUUAGUUCUAUUUGAGAAUCACUGGAUGGGUAUAAUAUUGUGAAUACAAUCAACAUUGCACUCUCUUAGGCCUGGGUUGUUUGUGUGCAGUCUAGUCCUGAUUGAGGGGUAAUCACAUUGUUAUGCUACUCCUGGAGGGAGAGUGUGAGUGAGAGUCAUAAUCUCCUUUCAGUUUCCCCACUGCUCCAAGAAGGAAAUACACUGUAAAAGGCAAUACAUACUCUGUGAAAUGCUGAUGUAACUUUGCCAGUAGGAAUGUUGUAGGGAGCAGAGUCAAGACUCCACCUGAAUAGAGAGAGUCAGAGAAGCUUUGGUUCUCUUUGCACACAAGAAAUGAUGGUACAGUACCUCAAAGCAAAAGUCAUGUUAUUUCCCUUCUAACUUCCUUAAGUUGGUCCAUAGGAUGGACCGGAAUCUGGACCUUGUUUUGGAAUUUAAGAACUGAGCAUCAUGGUACUCCUUUUAUGUUUUUUUUACAAACUUAUUUCUUACAUUUGGUUUUAUGUUACUCAGACUAUAAAAAUCUUAGAUUUCUUUUUCAUCUAGACCAGGGGCAGGCAAGAUGCUGCCCAUGCUGCACAUCCAGCCCACCA